AAUAAGGACUCCCAAGAUACCUUAUUAUUGUUACUAAUAUUAAUCAGGAACUGCUUCUGUGCUGGGCACCUUUAUAUACAUGAUCUCACUUAAUUCUUGGGAGUUUUACUGGUGUCAGGGUUUGAAUGAUGCCCUCCUUUGGGGUGGGAGGGGGAAAACGACCUGAUGUCAGCUGUCUUUUUCUGAUCCCAGUGUGAUGUCUGAGGGCCUGGAGAUUAAAGUCCACUCUGUGUGCAGGACAGGUGGGGCUGAGGGUAGGAUGGCAUGUGCUUUUUCUCCAGACAGCGUGAUGUCUGAAGUCAAAAGGCCUCUGGGUGCUGCGUUCUUGUGACUUGUUGCCUGCGUCUGGGGUUUUCCCAUCCUAGAAACUUAUCAACCUGCAGGGAGUUACAUAACCUCCGGGUGCCUUCAUGGCUACUCUUUCCUGCAGGGAUCACUAACUCCUGCUACAAAAUGCAACUGCGGAACCAUAGAUGAGAAAAUAAGGGCCAAGGAGGUUAAGAAACCGCGCAAAGACAAACACCUUUAUGGUUUGUAGUCCCAGAGGUUUCCAAGUUCCCUUGGUUUGUUUCUCAGUAGAGCCGUUUUUUCCUCAUGAAAUCCAGUACGGACUCUUAGAUUCCCAGCGGCUCCAGCAGGCCCAGAAGUUGCUGGCCCAAAGGAGGCCCCGCCGGUCCUUCUCUGACCCCUCCAUCCGGGCGCUCAUUAUCUUGUGCGCCUCCCUGGCAGUGGUCCUCUCCUCCCUCUCCAUCUGCGAUGGCCACUGGCUCCUGGCCGACGACCGCCUCUUUGGGCUGUGGCACUUCUGCACCACCUCCAACCAGGCUGAGCUGCACUGCCUCCGAGACCUGAGGCAGGCCCAUGUGCCCGGGCUAGCCUCGGGCAUGGCUGUGGCCCGCAGCGUGGCCACCUUGGCCGUGGUGGUCGCCAUCUUUGGCCUGGAGCUCCUCAUGGUGUCCCAGGUGUCCGAGGACCCCCGCUCGUGGCACAGGUGGGCUGUGGGCUCCGCCCUCUUCCUCCUCGCGUUCAUCCUCUCCUUCGGGGGCCUCCUGAGCUUCCUGACCCUCCUCAGGAACCAGGUCACGCUCAUGGGCCUCACACGGACGUUCUGGAGCGAGUUCACGGCCUCCUUCCUCUUCUUCCUGAGCGCCGUCAGCGGCCUCCACGUCAACAGCAUCAGCCGUACUGACAGCGUCACGCACCCCUGGGGCCUGCCUGCAGAAUUUUAGGCCCCCCUGCGAGGACACUGAGUUCUACCAGCAAGUGGGGUCACGAUGGGACUUCUCCAACAUGGGACAUUCAAACUGCCGCCUCUUGGCCUUGGGGUGGUCGGGCCAGUGGCCUUUGCAGCCCAGAGGCCGGGUGGGUGCCUCCAAGCCAGCAGCUGCACCAGCUUAGCCACGUUAUUAGGAUGUUGAUUUUACAAGAAGAAACAUAUUUUAAAACCU